AUGGAAUUAGUGGUUAAUUUUGUAAAAUUUUCUAAUCCGAAUCAAGUUAUUGCCCUUCAACGAACAUGUCAACCCAAAGGAAAUUGCACUUACAUAUUUGAUGUGUGCUUAAGUACACAAUUAUACGACUUUUCAUGUGUUGCUGGUACAAGAGUCCGAAAACCUAUCGCCGGAGGUGAAGAAAUUAAUUUUUCACCGGACCAGCCGAUUAUGAAAUUACAAAAUGUCGAUACUAAAUCGGAUUACUUCUUCCAACUAAGUGUCUACGCCGAACGCUUAAAUACAGCAUCAUUGAUCCGCAUGUAUCGAUUUAUUAGAAUUGAAGGCGGCAAAAGUUCUUUAAGGCGCCAACGGCGUAAAUCAGAACUGUUUGUCGAACCGGAUGCAAGCAAGGUACUUGCAGCCAACCUUACGAGUGCAGAUGUCAAAGCGGAUGGGCUGGUAUUCUGUGCGAUCGACUUGAUAAAGGAAGAUAUUGCAGAAAUGGUGCUAUCACCGAACGAAAUCCAUGUUCUUGCUAUCCAGGCUAUACAGGCUUCUUCUGUGAAACUCCUAUAUGUGGUGUCUCGUGCAACGAAGCGCAUGGAAACUGCUUUGGUAAUCGUAGCAAGUGCAAAACACGGUUUUUGUAAAUAUGGCAGCGAUUGCCAUUGCAUGCCAGGCUGGGGUGGCCCCAACUGUGAUAUUAUUUUACCUUCACAUUCUAAAUUAUUGCCAUCAAAUUACCGGAACGAAAAACUAAUUUUAACUAACCAGAAGAAGCGUGUAACUCGUGAACUAACAACAAAUACCAAUGUUAAGUUAUCGGCGAUUGAAACUACCUCUAAAACCGCUACUAUUUGGUGGCAGUACAGUGGAAAUUCGGCCAGUCCAGAUUCAAACAGACAAACACUAAUUCAGUAUACUACAGAAGAAAACUUUCGCAAUGCAAACAUUGGUUCUGGUACUUGCGGAACAUGUCAACUUACUGCUCCUUUGACUAGAUCUCCUGUUGUAAUUUUAUCGUUGGAAGGCCAUACUAAGUAUGUGCUUCGAGUUCUGGUCAUAUUGAACAAUAAUGAGGAAUCAAUUCUGUACGGUGACUGGCAACAUUUUACAACAAAAGGUCAUCCAGAUUUACCUCUAGUCUCUGGAAUGAUAAUCGAGAAUAACAACGCCAAGAUAUCUUACGGAAAUAUCACUCAUAAUGGAGGAUACGAUUUCAGAGACUACUUCUUAUAUCUACAAUUGACAUUAGCAAGUGAUCCAGAAAAUUGUGGCCAAAAUUGCAAAAUUGUGAAACUUCCUGAUUUGAAAGGAAAUGUUUUAAUUGAGAAUUUAAAGGAGAAUACUACUUAUAGAUAUCGCUUUAUAGCUGAAAACCCAUUAGGGGAAUCAAAUAGUAAAUGGCAAACAUUUGCGACAAAAGGAAAACCAGAUAAAGCUAGCAUAAGUCAAAUAGUGACUGCUCCUAAUACUGCGACUAUUUCCUGGAAUCCUGUUACAUUCAAUGGUAAUUAUAAGCUACGUGAAGUAGAGUAUAGAUUAGAAUAUCAGAAAUGGGAUAGCAAAAGUCUUCCAAAAAAUGUAGCUUGUGGGGAUUGCCUACAAAGUGCUGUGAACCCUGCUGAUCACUCACAUAUGAUAGUGGGACUAAAUACUAAUACAACGUAUAGCGUACGUUUAAUUGCUAUCAAUAAAGCUGGAUCAAGCUACUCUGAAUGGCAAUUAAUGACAACAAAAGGAGUGCCCGAACGACCUCAGAUUCGAAAUUUUAUUACUACUGUCAGGGUAGCGACAGUGUCAUGGAGACCUAUAACUAAAAAUGGAGGGUACCCACUAAAUGAUGUAACAUAUUAUGUAGAGUAUCAAAUUUACGUUAGAGGGACCAAUAUUGGCGCGGGAAAUGUAUGCAGAAGUUGUCAGUUUAUUAGGACUUCAAACAAUGAAUUAAUUUCUAUUCCAAAUUUACGACAAAAUACAACAUAUAUGGUCAGAAUUGUUGCCGAAAAUAAAGCUGGCAGGAGUUUUUCCGAUUUUACUUAUAUGGCAACCAAAGGUCUUCCUGGUAAUCUGUUACCAUUUGAAGUUAAUCCUGGCGUUUUCACUGUUAACGUUACAUGGAAGCCAGUUGCUUAUACUGGAGGCUAUGAUAAGGCACUAAUCACUUACGUUGUUGAAUACGCUGAAAGGAAUAGCUCUUCGGAUACCUUGAUAACGGGACCAUGCAAUGUCUGUUACAAGCGAACGAUACCGCUUGAUUCUCAAAACUACCACCUUACCUCUCUUAAAAGUAAUACAGCUUAUAUCUUACGGCUUACUGCAACAAACGCAGUAGGAACAGUAUAUGGUCAAUGGAGCGAAACUAUUACAAAGGAUGACGCUUACUCCGCGGCCUUUAAUAGUAGUGGUCAAGGAUAUGUAAAGAUUAGGCACACUCCACAACGCAUUGAAAGUACAUACAUUGUAAGCUUGAGAUUUAAACCUGCUGGAACAACAGUAAAGGAUGGCUUGAUAUUUUUUCUAAAUAAUGGUUACGAAGAGAUCAUAGAACAAACGUCGUUACUUUUAUAUCUACAUGAAAAAAAGUUAGAGGCACUAUUCCUACAACGGGAAGGUAGCCUCCGGGUGAAAUCGAGCGUUGAUGUAGAACCUGAAAAUUGGUAUCAUGCAACGGCAAAUGUAUCGCGGGAGACCUUGACGGUAACUGUAAAUGGACGAACUCAAUCUGCAAAUCUUGGUCGAACAUUAACAUUUAAUGAAUUUUUCAACUAUGCACCUUAUAUUGGUGGCGUUUUUGAUUAUACCUUCCUUCCUGUCAGUGCAUCUAUAAAAGUAGUACGAGGUUUUCAUGGAUGUAUUAAAAGGGUAUCCGUCAAUUCCGUUAAACAAGAUAUGGAAAAUCCGGCGCAACAGUUAUAUUCUUGGCGGUGUGCACCGUAA